UUGAGGUCCUCCCUGAAACCAAACUGUAGGCGAGCGCGCGGAAGCAAGACACAGCAGCACGGGGAAGCAAGAGACAAAACAGCCCUCGAAACGAGCGCAAGGAAUCAGACCAAACAAAACAAAACAAAACAACAGCCAGUUGCUACAGCAUACUACGAGCAGGGCGGCGGCGCAUACUGUGGCAUCGUUCAUAUCUCCCCCGUCGCAUUCCUGUCCUGCCCAGCUUGCUGCGGGCUCCAUGGCUCUGCGUGUCCCUUCGUUGUUGCUGUCCAACCUCGAAAGUCGCUUAUGAAAAUUGCUGAUGGAGCCCGUGGUGUACGAAGAAACGCCUCUAGCCGACUACCUCAGAGAUGGAGGUAAUAUGUCGGAGGCAGAAUGGGCUCCCAUGGACGGUACUCCUGAUUUCCAGUCGUCGAUAGCAUCCUCGCCUCCUGCGAGCCCGACUCCCUUCGCGCCGACCGGUCGCCCCUUGGUGAGGGCACGAUUCCGUAAUGCCAGCAAGCUAGAGCUUGCUGAGGAGCCACAGGCGGCGCAGCCUCUGACGCUGCAGUCGCUUAAGAAAAGCUGCUCUGCCCUCCUCGCCGCUAGCCUCGAUAGUGCAGACAACUCCCGGUUCCUCGAACAAUUUAGAUAUACAAUCAUUGCUUCUCAGCUCCUGAAUGGCCAUUUACUACUUGGGAACCGUCCCCCAGCCCUGAAAACGCCGGGUUCGACCACAAACACCAAUGACCAAUCUCUCCUCUCGACCGAAGGUAUUAUAGUAUCCGUCGUCGGAGCGCUAGCUCUCGCAGUCUUCCUAAGCUGGGCACUGAGUAGUGCGCCAUCGCAUGUGACGAAACGACGCCUAAUUCUGGUGCUUAUUAUUGCUGCAGCGGCCGCGCUGGUAGGACAAGUUUUUGUGCGACGACAGUGGCUUCGCUACCGCAGAGAGCAAUCCCUGGCUGAAAUCUCCACAUUCAUCUCGAAUUCGCAGAACUUUGAUAGUGCAACUGAGGCCGCGCUCUCUCUCGUACAGGAAGUAGAGCUUGUUUCUCGAGGCUACCGAAUUAGCCUACCUCUUCCACCAGUUAGCCGAAUCGAAGAGCGCACCCAAAACAGAAAAUGCGGUCGGCUACGAAAGGCGCUCAAAAACUCGUUUGCUGGCGUUUUGCAAACGUACAACCAGGUGUCUGAUGUUGUCAGGGGCUUUGCUGAGCAAAUGGAGCUGGAAAAGUACUAUGACAUGUACGACGUUAGCGAUUUCGACAUUUCGGAUUCGCGCCUGGGAUUCAACGAAUCUGAAUUUGAAGAUUCGGAGUCUCUGAGGACACUAAAGAUUCUUGCUGCCCGGUUUCAUACCACGCGAAAGAUGCUUCUCUGCGCUCUGUUGGCGCUGGAUGCGAAUGGAGAAGCCAAGGAUUUGCUGCGCUGGACGGCUGCAGUCGAGGCGCUACAAAGCGCUAAUGUCUCGACCAAGUCUGUAUUUGAGAAGCUGCAGGGGAUAUUAAGCGAGGAAGAAUCAUUCCCCUUGCCACCUACCCCAUCGCUGCCUCUAACACCAGGCAAAGAGCGAUGGCGCUCCCAGGUUCGCAAGCUCAAUUCCAUGUCAACUGGAAUCCGAGGCCUGCAAGCCAAACUCCAUCUACUGCGGGAAGAAUCUGAUAGAGCGCUAGACGAUUCCAAUGACAUUUCUGAAAUAGGACCCAACCUUAUGUCGCAGUACGACUCCAUUGGAGUAGACCUCAAAAUGCUCAUGGCAGCAUGGGAGGAAGGCAGAGCCGCUCUAGCCCAAGGCAUUGAUAGGACCGAGAAGAGGCUUUCAUCAAUAAGCACGCUACUAUCACCUGCAAGCUCUCUAAGUGGACUCACAACCAUAGGCGAGGGAGGCGCGGCAGAGGCUUUCAAGGCUCUCACUGGUGAAUCCCCGCCGGCAUCAGAUAUCAAUGACGCUGAAGAGGACCAGGAGAUUUUUGAGGCGGUAGCCAAGCCGCGACCUCGAAGCAUGCUAACGCGAGAGGAGAGAAUUGCAAAGGUUAAGGAAGAGAGGGAGCAGAGAGCGGCAGCUCGACAGCAGCUGGAGGCUACAAAAGGCAUGCUGAGAGAGCUGGAAACAGUAAUCAGCCUACGACCUCAAAAGCGAGCCAGUGCUCCACCCGGAGCACGCAUCUCCAUGUGAGCUCUGAUUCACGAGUCUCGACGAUAAUCAUCAUUUCCUCAACUGUUUUUUUGUCUGUCUUUCAUGCAACAUCCACAGGCGCACGGCAGCAUCACAUCUCUCAUUUAGAUAUUUCUUUCUUUCUUUGUUGAUCUGUCACUGGUUUUUUUGGUUCGUUCACUCUCUCUUUUGUUUCAUACUAUGGGGUAAGACACGGUACAACGGCUAUGGGGUUUGUGGCGAUGGGCUGUUUGCGUUUUUUUUUCCCCCAUCGAUUGUUU